AUGCCUGUACACUUAGGAACAUUAAGCCAUAGAAUAGUUUUGGUUUUUUUUUUUUUCUUUUUUUUUUGUUUUUUUGUUUUUUUAAGAGGAAAUUUUGCUAGUUGGGAAAUUUUACUUUUAAAAAAAAAUCAUUCAUUUUCCAAACAAGUUGAAGAAAAAAAAAAAAUAGACUGA